CCUCUGUUUGACUUCACACAAAAGCAGAGGAAGAGAGCAGAGACCAGAGAGUGAAGCACGGGCACACUCAAACCGAGAAUGUCGACCCAAGAGGAACAAGUUCCCGCCGGCGAGCCCUCAUCGGAACCGCGCCGGAGAAAGAAACGGAGCGGCGACCCCGCCGCCGUUCCAGAAGGAGACAGGCCGUACAAGAGAAUCCACAUCCCGGAAUUCUGCCUCCCAGCAAUUGCCUACCUCAAGCGCGAUCUAGGCUUCGUAAACGAUCUCCAGAUCAUCCCUUGGCUCCUCGAACAGAUCCGGUUCCCGCCAUGCGAAACUCCGGCCUCCGGGAAUUUCGUUCCCAGGCCCAUGUCCCCGCCAGGCGGCGGGGGUUCGUCGGCUGGGCAGCGGCUUUCGGUGAGAGUGACAGUAGUUCAAGCUUCCACAGUGGUUUUCGAUACCCCAUCUACUUUAGUUAAGGCGGAGCAACUGAUCAACCUUGCUGCUAGUAAAGGAUCGCAAUUGAUUGUGUUUCCAGAAGCAUUUGUCGGUGGGUAUCCGCGGUUCUUGUUCUCCGAUGACUCCGGUACGAAGGAGGUGCCGUUCGGCGAUGAUGAUCGGCUCAAGUAUCGCGCCUCGGCCGUUGAUUUGUCAGGUAAGGAGACCCAUCUUCAUUUCCCCUGUUUUGGCUUUAGAAUUGAAGUCUUGUUUAAUGUCGGGUAGGUGGACCAACUCGAAUCAAAUGUACAAUUUGAUCCGGUUUUGCUUAAAAAUCAGACUGGAUCGAAUUAAUUCGAAUGAAUAGGUUAGCAGCGAUUAUGAUUCUCAUAACCGGCUCAAUGUAUAAUUUGGUGCCAUCUAUGCACAGGUUAGGAAAAUUAUGAAUGUUGUUUAGGUCCGGUCACAACGCUUACAAACUUACGCUCAAUCUAUGCAAUUGAUAGCUGGUACAUUGGUUCGGGUCAUCACAUCCUGUAAGCAGGCCAGGUCAUUGAUUACGAGUCACUCGGUUCGAAUCAUAUUCAUAGGCAUGCAGGUCCUGAAGUUGAGAGGCUGUCACAAAUGGCUGCAAAAUACCAGGUCAAUAUGGUAAUGGGGGUGGUGGAGAGAAGUGGAACAAAUCUCUACAGCACAGUAAUCUUUUGGGAUUCACAAGGCAAGCUUCAAGGCAGCCACAGAAAAUCGACCAUACUGCACUCAGAAUCUCCCCUUUGGUCUCCCGGAGAAACCCCAUCAACAUCAGCAUCAGCAUCAUCAUCCCUUGUUCUCCCGCUCUAUGCCACAUCAUCAGCUGGCAGAAUCGGUGGCCUAAUCUCAUCCGACAACAGGCUGCCACUGUUGAGAAGCAUGCUCUACGAGAGAGGUAUCCAAAUCUACUGCGCUCCCACGGCAGAUGCCACCAAGGUAUGGAAGGCCUCCAUGACCCACAUUGCAGUCGAAGGCAGUUGCUUCGUGCUCUCUGCCAACCAGUUCUGUCGACAAAGUGAUUAUCACCGAUACUGUGUAGAGGAGGAGGAGGAGGAGAAAGAUGAUGCUGUGGUGUCACCUGGGGGUAGCGUCAUUGUUUCGCCACGUGGAGAAAUCAUGGAGGGCCCUCGUUACCAUGGGGAAUAUGUUCUCUCCACUGAUCUUGAUUUCGGGGAGAUUGAUCGUGCCAAGGCGGAAUUCGGUAGAGUAGGAUCGGUAUGGGGCCGAACCAUGCUGGUUGGAUGACUAAAGCAACAGCUAACAGGGACUCCCUGCAGUCUAAAUGAAGGGUAGUAAGUUCAAGAAAAAGGACUUGGAAAGUGGAAUGUGGAGAAGAACCUUUAGGUGUAGCUAAAAGGCUGCUUGUACAUAGUUUUGUGGGCAGCCACUUUUGGGCCAAAUCAUGGAAAAUAUAGCAUUCUGCUUCAGAAGUUCACUGUGCAUGUUACCAAGCAAUCUAUGGUACAUAGAAAUUCAGGUUUGAAUCCUUCCUUCCUUACCUAGACUGUUUGCUCGCACAUGAAUGGUGGAAGAAUUAGAUUAGGGUUUGAAAUAGGACUUGGUUUGUGCUUAAAUUGGUCUCCGUUCCCUUGAGGGAUCAUCCAAUCCUAUAUGGCACUAGUUCGUUCCGAGUUUACGUGUUAAACAAGCUUGCAACUCCAUGUACAAACUCGAAUAAACUCUUUCCGACUUGCAACACCAACUCUCAACACAUGACCAAAUAC